AUGUCCUCUCUGUCAAACCCUGGCGGCCCGAUCGCCGGCCACCCCGCGACUGGCACGCCGUCACCGCGGAAGGGUUCUCGUACCUCGGCCACCGUGCAGUGGUCCGGCCCGCUGCCGCCGAUGUCGGCGUCGUCGUCGCGUGGUGUGUGUGUGGACGGCGUCGAGUGGCCCGGUGGGGAGGGGCCAACGUUCUCCACCUCUGCUCCCCCCGCAACGGCCCAGUCGGCGGUCGGCGGUGUCGCCGCGACGGGCCACACGCGAGCCGCCGUGCCGACUCCCACCGUACCGAAGCGCCCGGGGGUUUUUAACGCCGCCUUCAGCGCCGCUGCGGCCGCGGCGACGGGGGUGGCGUGGCGGCAGCACCCCUCGAGCGACACCACCGCCGUGGGUGGUUGUGGUGGUGUUCCUGCUGACUCCUCUGCUGUGCGUGGAGCUGCCGUGGCGGUGGUGGCAGCGCCGCGGCCGCGCACAUCAGAGGAUGAAGUUGACGUGCAGCAGCAAGGUUCAACUGCCGCUACUCCUCCGACUCUACCACCACCGCCACCACCGCCGCCGUCGAUGUCGACGACGCACAACACAAAUGGCGUGUGUGAGGCCAUCGUAAGCGGUGUCCGCCACGCCGCUGGCGGCUCCAGCCUGUGGGGGCCAACGACGGGCGGCAACAACGCACCUCUUGCUCUGUCUCCCCCGCCUCACAACAACACCAGUACAUCUCCUGAUGGCGGCUCUCCGCCGCACACACCAUCACCACCGACGUCGAUGUCGGCUGGAGGCGCCGAGGACGGUGCUCGGGCGAAAACGGCGGAGGGACGGCGCAGCAGCGGCCGCUACGUCGGCGCAGUCCUCCCGGAAUACACCACCCCGGGCGAGAGCGCGAGCGAGAACGCACUGCUGUUGUGUGAGAAGCGCAUGUCGGACCCUUUCGCCUCAUACUCCGUGGAGAUGCUUGUGCGGGAUGUCUGUGGGCAGCACGGCGGGGGUGCUGCUGACGGUGGUGGUGAUGUGGUGACGCUGCCACACGUGACGGAUGACGGGCCCAUCACCGGCGAACUCACGCCUUAUCCUCCACAACAACAGGGACAAUUGCAGCUGCACCACCAGCGUAGCACGAUGGACUGUAACGAUGACCUGCAGCGACUACUUGAGGAUGCCCAUCAGGCCUACGCACAGGCCGAGGCACGCCUGUUGGACGACGGCCUCUCGUUGAUCGAGGACUGGAUGCGUACCCGAGACUUGUUCUUCUCAGCUGGGUCUCUCUUUGCGGCAGUCGGCGACGCGACGACGGCGGCGCGCUGCCUGCUCCACGCCACGUUCAUCAAUCGCGCCUUCCACAGCGACGGCGAGGCUCUCACGACGCUGUCCAUGUCCGUUGAGCAGCUAAAGCAUGCCCACCCGCGGGUCGCGGUGGAGUCGCUGCUGCGGCUGGUGCCGUGCUACGCGAAUAAGAACCUGCGCUAUCAGACCGCUCGCUGCUACCGGGAUGCGGCGGAGCUGCUGGAGACGGAGCUGGAGGAAAAGGCCGCCGCCGUGGAGCUCUACCGUGCUGCCUUGGCGGUGUACGCCGACACGCAAGUUGCGGCGAAGGCGUUGUCCCGCAAGUGGCAGAAGCAGCAGCAGCAGCAGCGGCAGCAACCGACACAACACUCCUUCACCACCGCCAUCGCAGAUUCCUUUAGCAAUCUUGCGCUACAGACGACGAUGUCUAUCACGGAGGAGGACAUGAAGUCGCUGCUGCCUUCCUCCAACGUGGACGUGACGGUUAUGAACAUGCAGGCGGGACUGCCGCCGCCGCACUACCAAGUCAGCACCACCGUGCAGCGCAGUCUGGUGGAGGCCUGCCGUGGCCGUUUGCUGGUGCUGCUCGCACAGCUGCACCGCUACGCUGAGGUGAUGGAGGUGGCGCUGACGUGCGCCGAUGCCGUCCCUCGCUCACUGCCACGCACCAAGUUUCUACUGUGCGCUACGCUCUCCGUGCUGGCGCGGGGGGCCCCUCCCCCAUCGAAAACGGGGGAUGGCGAGGAGGAGGGUGGCGGCAUUGACGCGGCCUCCGCAGAGGAGGUGACCCCGCCGGCCGGCACCGUCCCUGCCUUCAUGAGCGCGGCAGCGGAGGCGGCCGAUGCGCUGUACUUCGACAGCCUGUACGACACGGCGAAGGUCUUCUCCUCCCUGCAGGAGGAGGAUCGUGCCUUUCAACGUGGAAAGGAAAACGAGCUGGUGCGUGCGCUGCUGGAGGCGAACAAGGCCUGUUCCUUGUCGAUGUACGACGAGGCGGUGCGCACUUACAAUGGCUACGCCACGACGGAGCGGAGCGUGGUGCUGGAUGUGUUAAUAGAGCAGUGUCGCCGCUGUCUCUUCCAACAUGUGGAGCGCUUUGCGUAG